AUGGGUCAAAAAAUAUAUCCUUUAAUAUUUAGAAGUUUAGUAUAUAAAAAUUAUAUAAAUAAUUUUUAUAUUAAUAUAGUUAAUAAUAAAUAUUAUUUAAUUAAUAUUUUAUUAAUUUAUUUUUUAUAUUAUAAUUUAUAUAGUAUAAAUAGUUAUAAAAAUUAUAAUUAUUUUGAUAUUUGUAUAAGUUUUAAUAUUAAUAAAUUUAUAAUUACAUUUUUAUAUUAUAAUAAUAUAAAAUAUAAUAUUUAUAAUUUGAAAUAUAUUUUUAUUUUAUUAAAUUAUUUUAAUUAUUAUUAUUAUAAAUAUUAUAGUUAUAUAUGUUAUUUAAAAAUAAAAUAUAUUAAUAUAAUCAAUGUUAAUAUGAUAAUGUUUUAUGUAAAACAAUAUUAUAUAAAAUAUAAAUCUUUAAAAUUAAUAUUUAAUUAUUUAUAUAGUGAUAUAUUAAAAAAAUAUAAUUAUAAUAUAAAAGGAUUAAAAAUUAAAUUUUCAGGAUGUUUUAAAAAUAGUUUAAAAACUAAAACUGAAAUAUAUACAUAUGGAAUCAUAUCAUUAAGUACAUUAUGUAGUAAUAUUAAAUAUUUUAAUGAUAUUAUAAAGACUAAGUAUGGUAUUUUAAGUAUAAAAAUUUGGAUAAAUAAUUAA